AUGCCAAUUGAGGAGGAUUGGUCCGAUUCAGAUGAGGACGAUAGAUCAGAGGUGGAAACCCCAGUGCUGCUUGGCGUCCCUGAUGGUCCCAUAGACAACGCAGCGGACACCGCCGACGCCGCAGUCUCUCGUAUCGGCGGACAUCCUGCAUUUCUCCCUGCAAGGGAACCCGCGUUUGAAUCGUCCCAUUGUAAAGUUUGCGAUCAGCCCAUGGAAUUAUUAGUCCAGAUGUGGUGCCCGUUCGAGAAUUCUCCGAUGGACCGAGCGCUGUAUGUGUGGGGAUGCGCCCGCGCAAAGUGCCAAUCAAAGGAUGGUAGCGUGCGCGCGUGGCGAGGGCUACGAUACAAUGAAAAGUACGCCACCAAGUUGAAAGAGAAGCUUGCCAGGAAGGAGGCGAAGGAGAAACAGAAAGCCAAGGAAGUUGCUGCAAAGCAACGGAGUGCGCUGAAGGGAAACCCGUUCUCGUUAGGUGGUGGCGGGGCUCCUGGACCAUUCGGAUUGGGCGAUCAACUGUUUGGUGGGGCCCCCACGCCAUCGGUCCCUUCUACCCCGGAAAAAGGCGAUGAGAGUGAUGAGAGCGAUGAGGAGAGUGAUGCAUCAGAGUCUUCCGACGAAUCACUUCUGACGGCACUAGCAUCGACAACUCUCGAGGAUUCACCAUGGUCUUCCGCGCCUGCAUACCCACCCCUCUAUCUGUCUACGCUAUCAGAGUACAUUCCACCCCCGCCGAAGGCAAAGUUACCUUCGGGCGUUCAGGUAGACGACGAACCACCAGAAGGAAAGAAGGGGAAAGGCGACUCAUUCUCUUCGGAGGCGUACGAAAACUCUCUGGACACCGAUCAUGUUUUCGACAGAUUCAACAAACGGGUGGGAUACGAGGGGAGCCAAUGUAUUCGGUACGAGUUAAAUGGCAGUCCGUUGCCUUUCGCCUCCGAUGCGAUAUUCGAUCAAUUAUUUCCUGUUCCUCCUGCGCCACCGUUACCCGUGACCAAGGCAGCGUUCACUGUUGUCCCACCCGUCAAACGUACAUACAAACCCUCUGGAAUAUCUCCGUGUCCACACUGUAAUUCUCCGCGUAUCUUCGAAGUCCAGCUCAUGCCCAAUCUCAUCAACGUCCUAAAAUCGCAAUGGGAGGGCAGCGACGAUGCAGCGAAGUCUAAAAUGACUGAUGAAGAGCGAAGGAAGGCGGUGGAAGCGGCUUUAAAAGAUAAGAGUGGGGAUGCUAAAAGAGGGAUGGAGUGGGGAACCUGUAUGGUGUUUUCUUGUGAGAAAGAUUGCCGGGUUGAAGCCGGUGGAACUCAUGAGGCGAAGGAUGUUUGGAGAGAAGAGGCUGUAUUGAUACAAUGGGAUAUGUGA